UACUUAGUUCUCUCACAAUAGUAAAAGAAAGGAAAAAAGCAAGAAAUUAAAGAAAAAAUAAAAGAAAAUAGAAGAAAAAGUGGAAGAGGAGAAAGAAGGAAGAGAAGGAAGUAUAUAAAACAAUUAUCAAAGGAAUAGAAUCAAGAUGACAUGUUCAAGAUUACUCUUGUUCAUUUUUCUCGGUGAAUCCUUUCUCUUAUUUCAUUAUACCUUAGCCACGGACAUAAAAACGAUAAUGGAACGUACGUUGCCGGUCUAUGCUAUGCUCUCAAAUGCACAUUUUCUUAAUUCAACGACGUGUGCCAAGGAGUUGAUAAAUUUACGAGAUGCUAUCGAUCGGCGAACAUUAUGGAGCUUAAAAGUAAUCGAUUCAAGUGGAGAACCAAUGUCCGGAUUUUUCUAUGGAAAUAAUUAUUGGCUUGGUAAACAAAGUCAAUGCGAAGAUACGAACAAUAGAAUUCCGUUAACAAUUAAAGAAAAUGAACUAAUAAAUAAUUCGAGAUAUCGUCACGUCGAAGAUGAAUUUCCACCGUACAAAAUCAAAUAUUUCGUCGCAUAUUUCAGGCACAAUAGCACUUUGCAAUAUCACAUUAGAGUACAUAACGAAGAUUUGGUAACACUAGGAAUGUGUUUACCGGCUACCUGUUCAAAUGAUCAAUUAUACAUUCUUCUUGAAAAAGUUGUAAGAAAUAGAAUUCUUAUUAUAAGUGACCUAUAUUCGAUUGAUCUUAAACUGCUCGAAGUAAAAAAUCUAAUUAACGAUUAUCAAUGGUUCUCGAGUAAAACAUUCAUAUCAGUCAUGUGUAUAUCAAUACUUACGUGGUUGUUAAUGCUAAUAGGAACGACCUAUGACAUUGUGAUAUAUCAAAAACGUUUAAAAAGGCACGCUAAGCUUCUUCAAAUUUAUGAAAAUACUCUUUCUUCUCAAGACAAAACAAUCGAUAAUAAACAAUCAAACAUGGAUCCUGAGGAUAAGCCGAUAACAUUAAAAUUUCAAAAUUCUAUUAGUAAAGUAUUUCUGGCUUUUUCCAUUUACUCGAACACGAAGAAAAUAUUUAAUACAAAACUGAAUGAUAAUUCUAUACUGAUUAUAAACGGUUUGAAAUUUCUAACGAUGUUAUGGAUCAUUAUAGGACACACGAUAUAUUACAUCAAUGAUUAUAUCGACAAUAAAGUAAUAGCCUUUAGAAAAUCAGAAUCUUUGGUUGUUCAAGUGAUGACUAAUGCGUCAUUAUCGGUAGAUACAUUUCUUUUUCUCAGUGGUUUUCUCAUAACUUAUUCGUAUUUAAAUAAAGAACAAGAAAGGAAUAAACAUCGGCCAUUGAAGUAUAUGAUUAAAUAUUACUUCAUGAAUAUCCUAAAAAGAUUUAUCAGAUUUACACCGUCUUAUAUGAUUACAAUGGGAAUAUUUGAAAUAACUUCAUUGUGGUACAGUUAUACCUCGCAGUUUUAUAUGACAGAACGUUCAUACGAUGUCUGUCCAAAAUAUUGGUGGAGGAAUAUACUUUAUAUUCAAAAUUUGUUUGAUAGAAACAACAUGUGCAUGUCUUGGAGUUGGUAUUUGGCAAAUGAUAUGCAAUUUUUUAUGAUAACUACAUUCCUGUUAAUAUUAUCAUCCAGGUACUUCAACGUGGCCGCCUGUUUACUAAGUCUAUUGUUUAUCGCAUCGAUAAUCAUAACCGGCUACAUAUCACAUAUUCACAAUUACGUUCCUACAUUGGAUGAACAGUACCGUAAUUUAAAUGUACUGUACGAUCCACCGUGGGUUAGGAUAGGACCUCAUAUAGUGGGUAUAAUCACCGGUUAUAUCGUUAUCAAAUUGAACAAAGAAUUACGAUGGAAAAGGAGAACUAUCAUAUUAUUCUGGAUACUUAGUAGUACCUGCAAUAUAUUAGUACUUUUUGGAUUAUGGGAAAAAAGAAUAUCGGUUAUAAGUGCUGCCAUUUAUGUUGCCUUUGCUAGAACAGCUUGGGCAAUUGGCUUGGCAUGGCUUGUAAUUGCCUGUGUCACGAAUCACGGAGGUAUUAUCACCAAGAUUCUUUCGUUAAAAAGUUGGAUACCAUUCAGUAAAUUAUCUUACUGUGUCUAUCUAUUAAAUCCUAUUGUUACCAAUUCCAUUUACUUAAACAGCGAAAAUGUUAAUCACAUUGAUUUAAUACCGAACAUAAUAUUAAUGUUUGGAAACUUUGUGAGCACUUACAUAUGCGCUUACAUAUUUUCGAUAAUGUUCGAAAUGCCAUUCAUCCUGUUGUUAAAACAAGUUUUUAAUUUUGACGCCAAUACGAAAAAAUGAUCAAUCUUUGAUCUCCUUCCAUGGAUAUAUUUACAUUCAUUAAUUGAAUUUCACAAUGUUUUUUUUUGAUGUUCUUUUGUAAUUUAUUGGAAAAAAAAAUGUGUUUGGUUUUCUUUUC